AUGGCCUCACCCGCCACCCCCCGCUGGGCUGCCCUCGCCCGCGACACGAACGAGACCAAGAUUCAGCUCGCCCUCAACAUUGACGGCGGCGCAUUCCCUCCCGACACCGACGCUCGCCUUUUCAAGUCCGAAGAUGCGCACGCCUCCCAGAGCAGCAAGUCGCAAACCAUUGCCCUCAACACGGGUAUCGGCUUCCUCGACCACAUGCUGCACGCCCUAGCCAAGCACGCCGGCUGGAGCCUGGCCAUCAACUGCCAGGGCGAUUUGCACAUCGACGACCAUCACACGGCCGAAGACGUCUGCAUCGCCCUCGGCACCGCCUACAAAAAAGCCCUCGGCACCCCGAUCGGCGUCGCGCGCUUCGGGUACGCCUACGCGCCCCUCGAUGAGGCCCUUUCCCGCGCAGUCGUAGAUCUCUCCAACCGUCCAUAUGCCGUCAUCGAUCUUGGCCUCAAGCGCGAGUUUCUCGGCCAGCUGAGCUGCGAAAUGGUCCCUCACUGCUUCGAGAGCUUUGCCCAGGCCGCGCACAUUACCCUCCACGUCCAUUGUCUUCACGGAUUCAACGACCACCACCGCGCCGAGAGCGCUUUCAAAGCCAUGGCUGUUGCCAUUCGUCAAGCUGCGUCGCAUGUCAAGGGCAAGGAGGGUGAAGUGCCGAGUACAAAGGGCACUUUGAGCGCAUGA